AAAAAUAAAUUUAUACUUCCGUCUCUUUCAGUUUAAACUACAAUGUCGGAGGUUGGUGUCCCAGUAGGGGGAUACUCCACUGAAAUAUUUAAAGGUGACUUUGACUUGAAACUUUUAUGUAAUACCUGCAACAAAGUAUUACGAGAUCCAGUCCAAAGUUACUGCGGUCACAGAUUCUGCCGGGAGUGUAUUUCUGACGUGGUUAGUUCGGGAAACCAAGUCCAGUGUAAGUCGUGCAUAGAAGAGGGUGUAGAUAAUGAAGACUUCAGUAUCAUCAGAAAAGAGCAGCUUUUUCCAGAUAAUGCACUUCGCAGAGAAAUGUUCAGUUUGGAGGCAAAUUGUCCCAACCAGGGUUGCUCAUGGGCAGGAAAAUUCAGAGCUUAUGAGAAACACGUAAAAGAGUGUAAGUACAUGCCAGUGCUAUGCCCGAACUGUGGAGAGUCUGUGGAGGUGAACAAGAUGAAAACUCACCUGGAGAGCACCUGUCCUAAAAGACAGGUCAAAUGUAAAUACUGUUCCCUAGAAAUUACCCAGGAUCAAAUGGAGGAUCAUACCAAGGAUUGUCCAAAAUACCCCUUGAAAUGUGAAACCUGUGGAAAAAAGAAAAUCCCUCGAGAGAUGAUGCAGGAACAUAUAGACAAUGAAUGUCCGAAUCAGAAGAUCUCUUGCUUGGCAGGCUGUGAUGCGGUUGAACGACGACGAUUUAUUAAUCACAUUGAAGAGAAGCCUGGUUUACAUAUUCAAGAAUUAAUGAACAGACUAGACAAAGUGAAAAAUCUCGUUUCAAAUGAAGAAAUUUCACGUUUGCGUCGGGAACUUGAUCAAUUGAAGCAAGUUGUUUCAACUUCUGAUCAGCAAGUUGGAGUAAACGGUCCUUCCGUCGAGAAUGUUGCGCAAUCAUCCAAUGAAAAUCAAAACAUUACAAGAAUUACAGCAUUAGAAAUCAAAGUAAGGACGUUUGAAGGGAUAGCUACCACGUUGCACAAGGAGACGGAACGAAUACUUAAUGUCUUAGAUGAAAAUAAGAAAGAAAUUGAAGACGUUAAAAGAGUUAGUGAGGAGAAAACACAGAAGAUCAAGGAGUUGGAGAGAAAACUGGCAAACAGCGAGGUGCAAGUGAUACAGCUAACUCAGAAAGUACUUGCUUGUGGAGUUACAUCUAUCAAUGGCGAAUUAAUAUGGCGCCUGGAAAACUGGAAAGAACGUCAAGCACAAGCUUUAGCAGGAGAGGUCACAAGUAUUUUCUCCCCGCCAUUUUACACGUCACAAUAUGGCUACAAAAUGUGUGUAAGGAUAUACCCAAAUGGAGACGGUAUGGGGAAAAAUACCCAUGUGUCAAUAUUUUUCGCCAUCAUGAAGGGGGAAUACGACCCUAUCUUGGACUGGCCUUUUUCUCGUCGGGUUGUUUUUAUGGUGUUUGAUCAGGAUGGUAACAAUCACAUCAAGGAUUCAUUUCGAACAGACCCGAACAGCUCCUCCUUCAAACGCCCAACGACAGACAUGAACAUCGCCAGUGGCUGUCCCUUGUUUUUACCGCUAUCCCGUUUAAAAGGAAACAAUGGUUUUGUGAAAGAUAAUGUUAUGUAUAUCAAAACGAAGGUGGAAGAAAUUCGAUGAUUUCUAUACAACAGCAGAUCGACUCACCCCCCCCCCCCAAAAAAAAAAAAAAACAACAACAAACAAACAAACAAAAAACUUAUGCCAAAACAAAUUCACGAGAAAAAAACGAAGGAAAGUUUUGGGCACUAAUUACAGUGUUAAUCCUGGUAUUUCAAAUGUAAACUAUGAUUAACGUCUUGUAUAAAUAUUUAAUUUUGAAAAUUAGAAUUACAAAA